AUGCGGGGAGCGGUAGUCUUGACGGCUGCCGAAGCCUGGCCGUUGCUAUUGCAGUCGGGGGCAGAGGGCAAGGCGCGCCAGCGGAGACAGCAUCCUGGUGUCCCUGCAGACAUCCAAUCCCUCCUGCCUCAGGUGGCAGCCAGCUGUCAGGUCCCGCCAGCUGGUGGAGCAGGUGGCAUAGCUGGCAAAAACGGACAUAGCUCUCCAGACACUAACACGAGCCUGCGGGUUGUGCCUGGUGAUGCGCCUUGUCAGCAGGCGCCGAGCCGUCAUCAUCCUAAACGGCUCCGGCUGCUUCUGCUUUGCGGCAGCAAGCCGUCUUGCUUAGUCGGUGCUCGCCCGGGGGGAUAUCAGCGUGGUCUGAUCGGCUGUCUUUUCUGUUGUGUAUGUGGUUUCUGUUUUUUUAAGGCAGCUGAGAAUGGCGCAACGGGAGUUGAGCUGGAUCUUGAAUUUACUGCGGAUGGUGUUCCUAUUCUAAUGCAUGAUGAAACAGUAGAAAGGACAACUGAUGGGUCUGGAAGAUUGUGUGACUUGACCUUUGAUGAAGUUAGGAGGCUUAAUCCAUCAGCAAAGCAUAGGCUAUGGAGCACAUUCCAGGGUGAAAAGGUACCAACUUUGAAAGAAGCUGUUGUGGAGUCUAUGCAACACAAUCUUAUAAUCUACUUCGAUGUCAAAGGCCAUGCAAACCAGGCAGUUGAUGCUCUAAAACAACUCUACCUGGAAUUUCCUCGCUUGUAUAACAACAGCAUAGUCUGUUCUUUCAUGCCAGAUGUUGUUUAUAAGAUGAGACAAGCUGAUAGAAACGUUGUAACAGCGCUAACACAUAGGCCCUGGCAUCUGAGUCAUCUUGGAAAUGGGACACCUCGUUUUGAUUCCUUCUGGAAACAUUAUUGGUAUAUGAUGAUGGAUGUCAUUCUAGAUUGGAGCCUACAUAGUUUCUUGUGGCGAUUAUGUGGUGUUUCAGCUUUCCUCAUACAGAAAAAUUUUGUUUCUCAAGAGUAUGUGAGGCACUGGUCUUCAAAAGGAAUUCAAGUGGUUGCCUGGACAGUGAACACCUUUGCAGAAAAAAGAUAUUAUGAAACCGUCCUUGAAGCCAGCUACAUCACAGACAGCUUGGUGGAAGACUGUGAUCCUCACUACUAGACCUGUACUAGACCUGCUCACCGAUUUAAAGAGGCCAUCUUACUGUGGCAGGUCUGAAUUUACCAUCAAGAGGGUAUACCACAAUGCAGAUGGGACUGCUAAUGAUCGUUCUGGAGAAAGGAAGAGCAGUGGUUUACUUCUACUGUUUGAUCAGAUCUUGAAUGCAGAAAAACCCUCUGUUGCAACACUGGAUAAAGCUGAGGUGCAAACAUUAUUAGUCCAGGGAGAAGCACUGAGUGUGUGUAAAUUUGAGGAAAUCACAGUACAAUGUAAAAGGAUGAGUUUUGACAAGCUAACUGGGUAAUGAGCUGUAUGUGCAGAUUGCUUUCUGAUUCUCAGACUAUUCCUUUGCUUCGCUUAAGUCUUGGUUAUAAAGUCAAAUCAGCAUUUUUUCUUGACAUAAUUUAAAAUCAUACCUUGAUUCUAGUAAUUUAAACAAUCUGUUCUACAACUGUGUAAUAAUUUGAGGUGCAUCUAUGGCGUCUUAAAAGUAUCUAUAUUACUGUUCUUAAAACAGAACCUGAAAAUAACAAUGCCAAAGUGGAGUGCAAGUAAUACUUCCCUCCUACUGCGUGGGAAGAUGGCCAUGUUGUAUCCUGACAAGGAAAUAAAAGCCAACUUCCCAUGUUCAGUGUAAGACUAUGAGCAUUAAUGAUUCAAACUUGAGAACCUUCUUAACCUUCUGGUCUUUUUAAAAGAAGUAAGGCAGGACAGAAAAUUAUUCCUUCCAACGGUAACGCACAUGAAUUUAUUUAUUUUUCAGAGAAAGCUGUAUAUUGAGUGGUGCUAGCUGUAGAACAAAUAGAGCUGAAAUGCCUUUUGUAGCUGGCUGGAGAAUUGUUUGCAUGAUUGAAGGACAAGGAUAUGUGUGAAUCUGUCAUCCAGAUUUAAUUUGAAAUCAAAGUCUGCAGUUACAAUAAACAUGUGUUUGUACUUUCAA